UAAACCUAGUUCUCUUUUCUUUCUCGAGCUCUAGCCGCCGGAAAAAAUGGAGAUUUGGCUGACCUAGCACCGGUUCCGACCUCCCUUUCUUAGGCCAGAAGUUUUUGCUUCUUUUGUUCUUGUUUAUUGCGGCUUUUAUUGGAGAUUUGAGAAUGAGACAUGGGGUUGCAGUGGUUCGAUUCCGACAUGAGGAAGGUUUGAGUGGUGUUUUGGAUUGGUGUUUUUUUCUUCCGCCGAGGCAUGGCUUUUGAUGAGAAGCAGGGGUUCUCGAAUUAGGUAGUGGUGGUGGUAUCUACUUUAGGAAUUGGCAGUGGAGGUCUCUUUUGGUAGCGUUUCUUUUCUUUUCAAACAAAUUUAAGGUUGCGGACUUCGUUUUGGCUAAGAGUGAAUGAUGCUGGUUUCAUCAUCUUCAACAAAAAUUGGGUUUCAAUAAAAACCCCCGAGAGUCGUUUUCUUUGCUAUUAACAGACACAAAUCGAUCUAUAGAACGACGUUUUCCCGGGUAACACGAGAAUCAUCGUUGUCAUCAACUGUGAGAAAUCAUAGAGCUUUUUUUUCUUUUUGCUUCUGUAGUUUUUGUUAUCUUUCUGAAUUCUCAACCUGCUUAAGGAUUUUCUUGUUUUUUCUCAUCAAUUUGUGAGGUGGGUUUUGUUGAAAGAGGGCUUCUAGUAAAUUCUGAUUCGGGUAUUGGUUAUAUUACUACUGGAUCAUUGAUUGCUUGAUCUGACCUGAGAAAAAAAAGUUUUUGAUUUUUAAAACCCUUGAAGAAGAGGCUAGUUCUAUAACAGAGUUGUGUUUGAGAGCUUGAUUUGGUGCUUAAUUGGAGUUGUAGAAGCUUUGGAUUGUUGCUGUGGUGGGGGUUAUUGGAUUCCUUCACUUUCUCCAUUUGUUGAGUCUGCUGGGUACCAUUUUGAUCAAGAUCAAGGAUCUGCUGGUUUUGGGUAUUUUAUCAAAAUCUGGAAUUGAUCUUUUUGGAAGGAAGGUCUUUUUUUUUGUAGUUGUCAAGGUCUUUGGUGAAGUUUGUUUCUCACAAAGUUUGAUCCUUUAUAAGUUGGGGUGUGUUGAUGUCUAAAUCGGUCCAAUUAAAGUGUUUUAGUUCGGUAUUUAGAGGGUCGAAGUUCUCUUUUAUAUAUGAAAAAGUCAGGCUACAAUUGGUAACGACGAGCUACGAAAUGACGAAAAAGAAACAAUUGACGAACUUUGAGCUCGUCAAUUCGAUACUGCGAGAACCUGUUCUCUUGUACGAAUUUCCUCCCGUUUUCUGUGUCCCUGCGUCGUAUGCCGUACAUUCACUAUUUAUAGAUUACUGUGUUGGUUCGUCAUCUGAAAAGACCAAAGUACCCUGCUCGGCCUAUUAAUCCUUUUGGGCUUUUUCUGGACUAGGCCUAUUAUUGGGGUGAAAUCCACCCCUAACAGUAUUCCCCCCAUCUUCAGUUCGUAGUUAUGCGGAGAACUCUGUGUCCUCCAGUGAUUCCCCGACUGUCGCAAAAGCUUCGAACCUUUGUUUCUAAUGACGAGCUGAUCCGAAGUCGGCAAAUGAUGGCAUUUGAAGGGUUCGCGGACAAACAUUGGGAAAUUGGAGAGUCGCGCGUGGGCUUUCCUGUUUCCCGAAAAACACGGUCGCAUCAUCACGCGUUUAUCUUGACGCGCAUGACAUCCGAAAGUUGUAACGUCGCUUCGAUCCUCGAGUUGUAAUGAUGAUUUCUUUGGGAAUCUUCCUUUCAACCUUAUAAAUACUCGCCCCUUCCUCACUUUAGCUUCAUUCCUCUCCAUCGAUCGUUUCCUCAGCUCGUCGUCCCAUGUACUCUCUUCCCUCGUCUUCUAGCUCGUCUAUAUAUAUUGUUUUUCUUGAGACUCUAUGGCCUCCCCCCGGUCCACUUCGUCUGAUUCUUCGGCGGUGAGCCACCUUCGUCAGAAUACUUCGCCUGAUUCUAGUGGUUCGACUAGAUCGGAUCGUCGUAUGGCGAGGUCUCCGACUAGUAGAGACGUUUCUUCGGGAUCGUCGUCUGAUUCCGACAAAACCAAUUUGGCCAAACUCCAAAAGCGCAUCUUUUCCGAUGCGGCGGUUCUGAGCUCGUCAGCCCUUCCAUGUCAGAUCCCAUCUCUUGUCGACGAGGAUUUUGACGAGCCGAUCGUUCCGGCGAAUCGCAUCAUCAGGCACCGAUCUCCCCCGUCGGUUGCCGAUCCUUCCGGAACUAGAGCGUAUGCCCUCUGCUUUGUUCCCCAAUCUUCGCUCUAAGCGCGAAUCGGCUUGUGUGUCAGUUCAGAUCGACGAAAUUCCGGCCGAUCCCAUAAUUAUUAUCCCCGAGCGUGAUCAGCAUCCUUGGGAUGUUCCCGAAGGGUUCAUCUGUCUCUCGGAGAAACUCUUCACCGAGUGUGGGGUUACUUUUCCCCUUCCCUAUUUUUUGAUGUCGUAUUUUGCUAAGCGCAAAAUGGCAAUUUCUCAGUUCGCUCCGGCUACGUUCCGAAAUGCGGUCGGUAUCUCGAUCUUGGCGAAGAGAGCGGGAAUUCGGCUUUCGGUCGAUCAUUUUGAAGAACUUACCCGUCUAACAGCGUUUGACAGAAAAAAGAAACCUGGAGUUUAUUAUGUCAGACACAACUGGGAAGGGUCUUAUUUUUUCUUAAAAGUGGUUCCGGGGGUCGUCGAGGAUCCUGCGAUCCCUUUAUUUUCCGGAUGGAACCUUUCACCUGUUGUCAUACCGCGGUGCUUUCUUCCUUAUCCUCCUACAUUUCGAGCUGAUAUCGACGCGAUACGAGCAGUGGGUCCAUAUAUUUGGCCAGGCUCUGGACAGAGGAAAGGAGGUCGUCUGAGAAAACAACAAGUUCCUCGACCGACAGCUAAUGCGAUGGGGAGACUUAAUUUGGAUGUUCCCAAUGUAUCGGCUCGCUACCGUCAAGCGUUUGGUCGACCUGCGCCCCCUCCAUCUUCUCGCCCUGAGGUCCAACCCGAGACUCGUCCUUCCGGAGUCGACUCAUCACGAAGAUCUCCUCCGGCUUCUCGGGAUUCACGUGCGGCUGAGAUUCGAGCUGGCAAAAGACCGGCGUCGCGUUCGUAUCCCCUCCCAUCAAAUCCCUUAGCUCUUCCCGCUGGAGCUGAUUCCCAAGGGAAAAAGCCUACCGGCGACUUCAGUCGUCGGAGGGAGCAUUCCUCGAAUCCUUCGCAGAAGAGGACAGAUCGGUCUCAAGAUCGAUCAGAUUCGUCGAAGCGGCAGAACACCAUGGACUAUCAGUGGGAUUUCUCUCAUAAUUUGGCAACCUGAGCUUUCCCGAACGACUCGGAGGCAUGCACCCAACUGUUUCGCAAGAUCCAUUUUGGGUCAGGUCGUCUAAUGCCGAUCGAGAGGAUGAAGGAGGGCGAUAAGAUCAUCGAUCUGGCGAAUACCGCCUUCGAGCUCAUAGGUCGCAUCAACCGUCUCGCUUCUGGCUACGAGAGGCGUGUUUACGAUCUGGAGUCUGCUGCUUCUUCGACGCCUUCAGGUCCCUCGGUCGAGCAAUUCAAGAAGCUCGAAGCUCAGCUCGAAGAGGCGUUUCGUUCGAACCAGACGCUGAGCGGGAAGAUUUCCGAAUUGGAGCUUCAGCGAGAUGUGGCGAAUUCUGGGCAGGCUGCCCUCGUGUCGAAGCUCAACAUGGCAGAAGCAUCUUGUUCCCAACUUCAAACUGCUCUGGACUCCGAGACGACGAGGCUCAGGGCUCGUCGUCAUGGUUUCGGUCGGUAUCAGAAGAUGGUUGCUUAUCAUAGGGUUGCCGAUCGUGCCCAGAAGAUUCUGGAUCGUCACAAGGCUCAAGCGGAGGCUGUUAAGGCAUCUCGCCCAAAGUUGCUCGAGUACAAUCAGGCCUUGGGGAAUGCGCUAAUGCUUGAGGCUUUGGUUGCUGAUGGCCAGAUCUCUCUUCUGGCUGAUGGAGUACAGGAGAGGGUUGUUGUUGUGGCGGCUGAGCUAAAGGAGGAAAUCCUUAAGAUUGACAUCCCGGAUCUCAAUCCCGGGGAUUUUGACAUUUCCUCCAUUUUUGCCGAGCCUUUCCCUGAUCCUCCUGAGUGGGUUCCUUCCCCGGGUGUCGCAGAUGAUUCUGAUUCGGAGUUCGAAGGAGGCGCAUAUAACAGGUCGGAGCGUGCGCCAGUGAGGAUGGGGAAGCCGAGGAAGAAAAUACUGUUCCUCUGACACCAGCUCGCUUGUUGGAAGAUGAUGCUCCUCCCGUGCCGAACGAUUCGACAGUUGCUCCGUCGAUGAUAAUUCUCCCGUGGAUGGUCUCGUCGCCCCUUGAACUUAUCUUCUCUUUUGAACUUUUCCCGUGAUGUAGCGGAUGCUGGGCCGCUAUGGCAUUGUUGUUGGAAAUUAAUUAUAUAUUUUUUUUGAAUUGACGACCUUUUUUUACUCUGGUCUCCUUGUUUUUGCUUAGCUCGCACCAUCCUUCUGUUUCUAAAAUUUCUUUAUGCUAUUUCUUUACACGUGCGAACCUUUCUCGUGUCGCGCUUAGAUGAUUCAGGCUCUUCGUCAGGAUCGACCGAGGUUGUUGCGUCUCUUUGCAAAAGCAAGGUCCUCGGAGGAAAGCUUGACUUCGCUUCCCCUUGGUUAGGCGCAAUGCUCUUGCGGGGAGGAUGCCAACUUUGGCGAGAGUAGAUCCGCUCGUCAUGCUUGUGACGAGCCAACUGACGGGAUACUUGCUAGGGAGAAACCUUUACGUCUCUUCCCCCCUUUUUUUUUGGCGUGCGACGCGGUUGGUCGGCUCUUUCUAAGUCGCGAGCAGCGACUCGGCUUUUUCUUGUGCGAGUGCGACACACAGGAGUCGGCUUAUCCUCCUAUUACGAGUAGCAAGCUCGAUUUUAUUAUAUAGGUGCGACACGC